UUGUUCAGUUAAUCAGUUGAACAUUGCAACUUGUGCAGCGGUGUCCAUAUUGCAAAAGAUCGUGACGGAAUAUUUGUUUUAAUUAAAAGACUACCUCACUGUACAAUUUCACUUGGUUACGAUGGGGAAUAAAAAUUCCGUCUGUACAGAAACUGCUGCUUCACCUUGCGAAAGUCUAGAGCUGUUGAGUACUUUACAAUGUCUUCCAAAAGGUAUCAAUAAUCUCGAAAGAAAAACCAAAGAAAUUCAUCUUGAAAGAGAAAGAAUCGUCAAAAAGUUAAGAGAUAUGGCAGACUAUCUAGAGAAAACUCACUCCGACGUUUUGAUCGCUGAUCGUGUUGGGACUGGUGUCGGUAUUGGGUCAGGACUUUUGUUUAUUGGAGGACUCGUUGCUGCUCCGUUUACAGCUGGAGUGUCUCUCGCCUUAACCACCGCUGCAACAGCGACUGGUAUCAUGGGCGCAAUAACAUCUGCUGGAGCAAAUAUUACCGGCUUAGUAAUGACCAAAAAUUCACUUGCUCCUUUGCAAGAAGAGCUUGAUAAACACUUGAAGCACAUCAAAGAUAUCUCCUCAAUUGAUCCGCAGUAUUUGGUUCGUGCCACCCGGUUGCGCCCAACAUUGGAGAUACUCGAAAAGCUAUCCGAAAGCACAUUCUUGCAGUUGCUGUUGACAUUUAAAAAAUUAAUAACUCACGCUUUAAAUGGAGAUUAUGCCCAAAUCAGUCGAGCGGUCAAUCACGUUGUAGACCCCAAAAUCAAAGAAUUGCUUCAGAAGCUUCCUAUACCCCUGGAUCGUCCAUCUCUGCAAGCUUUAGCCGAAAUGUGCACUUUAAUAAUAAGUCACAUUCGCAGCAUUAAACAAGCUAUUGAUGCUUGCUUGAACUUUUUGAAUAAACCAGAAUUAAUCCGACUUGCCAUGGUCUACACGAAUUCAACAGCAAAAUCCAUCACAGCGACAACUCAAGAAGUUGCUCAGAUCAAAGCUGCAUUCAAAGGUACACCGAUGGCCAUGACAAAAACAGUUCGAUACGUAGCCGGUGCUGCAACUACCGCAUUUGUUGUACUUGACGUGAUCUACAUGGUACGCAUUUGCAAGGAAACGGGAGAGACUCCCACCGUUCAAAAUCUACGAAAAAUGGCAGAUGAUCUAGAGAAGGAAUUCAGUGACGAAACUGAAGAAGAGCUUGCUGAAAGGGAUGGAACUGAUGCUGAUGAAUGUAAAGGAUAGCAAGAUAUUUUGACUUGAGAAAACAAUUUUUUUAUGUCUAUGACUCUAUGACUUUAGUAGUACCAGUAGUUUUUCGUAGAAGAUUUUGAAUGAAGUUGGAGAUAAAUCAAUUCACAUAGCUUGACUUUAUAAACAGACAAAAAUCAGGCGAUGCAUUUUCGAUUUUCUCAGUUGGACGAGUUCAAUAAACUACACACCCACUUUUAAACAAGA